AUGGGUGAGAUUGAAUCAGUCAAGGCUGUUUCCGACCUCUUUUCGCCCGUGAGCGGAGAUGUGAUGGAGGUCAAUGCCAGGUUGGCCCGCGAGCCGGAGUUGGUCAAUAAUGAUCCGUUCGGCGACGGGUGGAUGCUCAGGGUCAAAAUCAGCGAUGCGUCGGAGCUGGAUACGCUGCUGAAUGCCGCCGCGUACGAAGAGUAUAUCGGCCAGCUCUAG